AUGGAUAGAGAGAACGAGAACGUCAAAUUGUCUCCUGAUCUCGCACCAAUACAUCAACUAACCGCGAAGGUUUCUGGGACUGAUACUAUAUACAUGCAAGAAGAAUGUAUAAGGAUCCCACCUAACUGCGAGUUCUGCAUCGAUGAUCUAGAUCAGCCGGACUGGUAUUAUCCUUUCAGAAACAGUGAAUUCAUCCAUGUUGGUGGACUGGGGGGAGACCGCCAACUGCUGACGUGCAUCCUACAUGGAGCAUACCGGUAUGGCCUCACACCACGUAUCGCUCAUGCUAAUCCAGUAUCAGGUGCUGCUCACCAAACGGCAUACCCUUACGGCGAAACUGGCCUCCACCGUCUCUAUAAUGACAUGAAUAAAGCCUUUAGAAUGGACGGACGCUCACUUGAUCUUCCCCUCCAAUACCUCUCGGAAAUGGAAAGUCACGGCUUUACCAACGUUGCGGAGCACGUCUAUCGUAUACCACUCAACACGGCACAGCCGAUAACCCAGAAAUCGGUUCUGGAGAGCUGGGCAGACGGAUUUGAAGCGUACAGCAUGGAUUUACUGGUUAAGCACCUAAGAAAGCGCCAUCUUGAAGUUUUCCUCAUCUGUGCUGCGGCGCGUCAAGCCCUGCGGAAAGGGGUGGAAGGCUGGCUCGAAAUGUAG